AUGUCUCUAAUCAACAUCUGUAGAGAGAACAAUGACCCGUUCUACCGGUACAAGAUGCCGGCCAUCCAGGCCAAGACAGAGGGCCGUGGAAACGGUAUCAAGACGAAUGUUUUGAACGCGGCGGAUGUUGCGCGGGCGCUCGCGCGACCAACGGCGUACGUGAUCAAGUUCUUUGGGUUUGAGCUCGGUGCGCUCACCAACAUCGACGAGGAAAAGGAGAAGUUCGUGGUGAAUGGGCAGCACGAUGCGGGCAAGCUGCAGGACGUGCUGGACAACUUCAUCAACCGAUUUGUGCUGUGUCCGUCGUGCAAGAACCCGGAGACAGAGCUGGUCAUCACCAAGGACGACAACGUCAUGAGAGACUGCAAGGCGUGCGGAAAGGUGACGAGCUGCGACCCGCGCCAGAAGCUGGUGACGUACAUUCUCAAGAAUCCGCCACCGAAGAAGAGCAAAAAGUCCGGAACCGCGUCCGCGAACGUUGGCGGUGGCGGCACCAAGAUCGCUGAGAUUGCUGAGAAACAGAAACAGUCGCAGGACGAGAACGUCGACGCAGUGCCGUUCGACGGAGAGGCACCUCCGUCGCAGAAGAUCGAGGUCAAGGACGAGGAAUGGGCCGUUGACAUGUCGGAGGAGGCCGUCAAGGCGCGGGCCAGAGAGCUGGAGGGACUGACGCUGAGUUCCGACACCUUGGACAAGUACGAGGAGUUUGGCGAGUGGCUUCUGCAAGAUGAGUUGCCUGACGACGUGGAGAUCUUCAAAAAGGGCUCCGAAAUGGGCAUCAUCAGCGACACCAAGACGAUCGAGGUUCUGGCACAGGUGCUGUUUGACGAAAAUAUUGUGGACGAAAUAGACGAGCACAAGGGCCUGCUGGGCAAGCUGGUGACUACAGACAAGCACGAGAUGUCGCUUUUGGGCGGAAUCGAGAGAAUGAUCGGCCUGAAACACCCCGAACUGGUCAAGAUUGUGCCCAAGGUGUUGAUGGCCCUGUACGAUAACGAUUUGGCUUCUGAGGACGUGAUUAGAAACUGGGGGACGCACGUGAGCAAGAAGUAUGUGCCGAAAGAGACGUCCAAGAAGGUGCGCAAGGCCGCCAAGCCGUUCCUCAAGUGGCUCGACGAGGCCGAGGAGGAAAGCGACGAAGAAUAACUCACAGCUACGUAGCUAACAUUCAUAAUGUUUCAUUACUGUAUCAUGGCACAAGGCCUAAAAAAAGAGCUGCUUCUCCUGCCCCAGAGAGAGCUUCUCAAGCUGCUGGCGCAGGAUCAUGUCGUAGUCCACGUCCGCGCUGCUGCUGUUGCUCGUCGCCGGCGUCGGGUACUUGUCGUUGGCAGAAUUGGACCGCGACCGCGACCGCGAGGACCGCUUCUUGCGCGCCGCACUUGACGUGCGCUGGUGCGUCUUCAGCCCCACCUCCUCGUACAGCCGCUUGUACUGGUGCCCGCUGAGAUUGGGGUCCUGCAGAACGUGCCGGACACGAGAACUCAUGUGCCGGCGCAAUUCUGCGUCCACAGACGGCAUAGAUAGCACCUUGUACACGAACGUGGACCCGUUCGAGGUCUUGUCGCUCAGAAUGUGGCGCAGGGUGUCAAGCGGCUGUGCCGCGUCCUCGUAAUCCAGCACAUCGUCGCCGAAAAUGCGCAUCAAGAUCAGGUCCCGCGGCUGCAGACUGCCGCGGUAGUUGAGCAGCUUCAGCACGCUCAGAUUGCCCACUUUCGAGCAGCAAACCUUGACAAAAUCCAGACCGUCGUCCCGCUUGUCCUGCAACAGGAUCUUUGUCAGCAUCAGGUGCCGGUCGUCGAUGAUCUGGCACGUGUCGAGGAACCACGUGAUCAGGAUCGAGCCGUUGGAGUCGCCAACGAGCUCCCAGAACCACGUCAAAACACACGUAGCAAUGGCGACGAUCGUCUCGCGGCUGACGCUCUCGCUCUCGAGACACGUCCGCACAGCCCGGGCACCGAACCUGUUUUUGGACAGCUCCAGAAACGUGCUGAGCAUUGCCUCCGAGAUGAAAUCGUUGUACGGAACACCAAACUUGAGCACUCCGUGGAUCACGUAGUUGGCGUACUGGUCGUUGAACAGCUGUGUGCAGUACGGCUUGACGGCCUCCGAAACCAUCCACUUCUCUCUGUCUGUAGCUAUGGUGUUGAUGAUUUUCUGUGCCGCCCAGGUGCCGUUCUUGUGCGCACCUGUCUGUGCAAAAUACGGCGUUAGCUUUUUGAUCAUGGAGUCUCUGAUUGGGACAUCGCAGACCUCAAACAGCUUUUGCACAAUGGUAUUGCCCAAGUAGUCGGACGCGAGCUCUGGAAGCUCGUUGUGCAUUGCCAGGGCCAGCUCCUCGAUCUCAAGCUUCGACAAGUGGUUUCCGUCCAGCUGUUUCCUGAUCUCUCUCAGCUUCGGGGUAUCAAAGUGUCUCACAGCAGCAGGCUCUGGCAUUUUUCCCAGGUCGGACUUGCGCACGCUCGGGUAGUUGAGGGCCUUGUUGAUGAUGAUAUUAAGAUGCAAUCUCUCGCUUGGAGUGAGGUUAAUUUUCUGGAGAAGGACGUUCAGCGACGACUGGAAAAUGAAAAACUUGUCGUUCAGGAUCGUCAUUUUUGAGCCUCCGCUUAGCAGCUCGUCCUUCUCGCCAUUAGUUGAUGUGGUUGGCACGUUUACAGGUGACUUUGGCUUGUCUUUAAGCGACAAGAUCUUGGCAAACGAUACUAUGCAGCUCAGCCCCGGAAUCAGCUCUUGGUAGUUCAUCUUGGACUUGCAAGUCAUCGCACUUUCCACGUCGGCGAACUCCGCAAUGGCCACCAGGUCGGCGUUCUCCGUACAUGUCACGAUCCGAACAGAAAUCAUUGGGCCGAACUGGCUGAGCAUUUUGUAAAAGUUCAUGGAGUUGGUGAAAUUUGCGUCGCUGGGGAUGUUGAUGAACAACAGUGUGUUGGUUGGCCCCAGAGAUGGGUUCGUGUGGGUGGAGGUGAUGGAGAUACACGCUUCUGGCAGGUUGUCCUGCAACUUUGGCAUGGGCGAGGGGUGUGGGAAGACGGCGCUUGUAUGGGAACGCCGUCUGACGUCCGGAUCGUCCAAAAUGCCAAACGGAACAGGCGAAAUUAGCUCCUCUUUGAUCGGAGUGUACUGCUGCAGAUACACCUUCUCUGACGGGUUGAACAUGGCAUUGUUGGCCGAGUACGACCGCAAUCUAUUAGUGGAGUUGAUCGGGGGGGUCGUAGGCACCGCACUUGAAACGCUGGCCGAGAGGAUCGAGUCGAGGUCGACGUUGAGCUGCGGGACCUGGAGCGAGGUGUUGUUGGCGUUCGGCUCCUGGGGAACCUGCAAAAACGUCGAGCCGGCGUCCUGCUGGUCAGACCAGAUGCUGCUCUGGAUGGACGACGACCGGAUCCGAGACGGUGCGGGCUGGCUAAGGAAGUUCGGGUCCUCGUACACUGCGUUGAGCCCAGGGCUGAUGCUGACGUUGAGCGAGCCUGUUUCGGGCGGCAUCAGCGGCGUGUUCGCCGCGCUCGCCGACGAUACUUGUCCCGCACUCGACACCAGCUUUGUGGGCAGUGUUCCGCUCCGGUGCCUUGUGCGAAUCCCCACGUUGGAAGCAGAGCUGACAGAACACGAGUUCAUCGGAUCCAGUGCCGGUGUUCCGAGCAGGCCAUGCUCGGACCCCAGGAAGCUGGACAGAUCGAUCGAAGCCGACCGCUGCUGCGCCCCGGCCGUCUUCGGAUCCUGCGGCGGCGUCAGUAGCACAUUAGGGUUUUGUUGGAAGUCUCCAAACAAAGGCAGACCUUGUUGCAUUGGUUCGGUUUAAUCUGUAAGCACGCUGCUUGCUGACAAUUCUAGACGACUAAGGCUGUGUGGACGCUAAUCUAGACAAACUCGUUGGUUUCUAACUAUUCUAUAGGAGACAACAGGAUAGUUUGCU